UGAUCCAUGCAAUACUAAAAGCUCUAUCCAAAACUGGGGAAGCAAUGGCACUCAUAUUCUACAUAAACUGGACAUGGAGAGUACAAAAGAGUAUAAACUGUCAGUCUGGAUGAAAACCCAAAUGAAUAGUUCAUUUUCAGAUGAAUUAGACUGUAUCACAAAUGCAACUGAUGAGGAACAAGAUGACUUACCUUAUGAUGGAGAUGUAGGAAUAACCUGUACAGACAGCAAUUCAGAUCAUUUGAAUGACUGUACUUGUACAAAAGAUAUUUCUAGUAUUUUAAACUUAGCCUGUUCUGAAGAUAACAAAAACGUAAAAGCAACAGCAAAUUAUGAAACUCACCCACAGCUUGAAGAAUUCUCCAGUCAUCAUAGAGGUGCCAUAGGAACAACAGGAAUUGCAGUUGAAAUGCCUGGAAGUGAAACUUCCUUUAAGACGCAAUUACCUAUUGGUAGUUUUAGUAAACCAGAUAGCAAAGAACAUCUAACUCACUCAAAAAUGUCCGAUGUCCUUUUGCGUCAUUUUUCUAAGGGAGAGUUAAUAAGCACAUGCCAAUUAAUUGAAUGCGAGACAAUACCAGAGACAUCCUUUACUGAAAGUAUCAAUGACGCUGUGAACAAACCUGAGCCUUCAAAACAUGUCAAAGGCCCUUUAGCACACAAACAACGGGCAACUAACUUUGAAGAAUAUCACUUAGAAAAGCACGAGGAAGUAAACGCUGGUGAUAAAAAUCAAAAUUCACUAAAUGAAAAUAGAUGCAUUUCAAAGAAACCUAUUUCUUCUACUGGUAAGUGUGGGUGCAGACAAGAAAAUUCACAAGUGAUUAAUGAGAAUGAAGAUACACACCUCUUUCAAAACAUGAAAGAAGAGAGAGACCUGUUGAAGAAAACAGUUUCACUUCAGGAGCUCAAAUAUGGCCAAGGUCAAGCUCAUUAUUGCCUUCCCGACUUCUCCGAAGUUGCUUCAGAAGUUCAAGUACCAGAAAGAAGUGACAAUAUUAACUCAGUUCCUACAACUGAAAGAACAAGAUCCUUCCCCUUUUUGUUAAGUAAAUCAGUAAUUGUGAACAGUGUUCUAGAAAAUAAGAACUAUUUCAAUUCUGCUGAAGUAGAGAAUCAAGAAGAAACGAGCAUUCCAGAACUGUUGCAACAGCUAGAGAUGCAGACACAGUAUGCUGACAACCAGAAUCAUAUUGAUCCUCUGAGAUUGAAUCCUAAGAUGCUUCCUCAGUCAGAUUUUCCAAAUGCCAGCAUUGCCAUUUACUCAGGAGACACUGGAACAUCCUCUGAAGUCUUUACAUCCCAGACUCUUAUCCCUAUACAACCUACCCGUGAUUUGUCUAAAGCAAGAUUACAGUGUGGAACAACAGCAUCAGCAGCUGCUACAGUAAAAGCACAUUGUCUAAAUCCUUCUAAUUCACUGCCAGAACUAACACUAGGAGAAAAGAUGUCUCAAGUACUAAAGGAUCAGACAGAUCAACUGAUAAAGAAAGUGGAAGACUUCUCUAAGCAUAUGACCCAAGAGACAUUCCUUUUACAAGACAACUAUCUGGCAUUAAAUCAAUUGAAAAGAUACCUUGAUGCUUUGGAAAGGAAUUACUUAACAGCUAGAGAAAAGCACCAUAAUUUACAGCUGCAGAACUACAAGGACAAGUCUAUCGACGUUGGAGAGUUUGAUCCUGAAAGAAAGGUGGAAGGGGAAAUAUUUAGACUUGGCAUGCUGCUUGAAGACAUCCAAGAACAAAGUGAUGACAGCAAAUGCAACUUGUCAUCUUUGCUCACUUCCUAUGAAUCUGCCCAUUCAUCAUAUUCUCUUUUUGAGAGCCCAGUAGUUUCAAGCAUUGCUGAUCCUCCACAAAGAGGUACUGAAACCGCAUUUCUUCACAAGAACGAUGAGAAAGAAAAGUGUCAGACAACUGAUGGAAUCCCACAGACAAAUCAAGUUUGUUUAGAAGGUGACAAGUGCAAUCUUUGCCUUCACAUGUUACAAAAGAGAGCUGAAUCAACUUCCAGAAGAGGAACAGAGCCUCUGGGAAGAGGUGGUCUCCUAGCACACAAGCAUUCUUCUAACCUAAUGAGAUUCCUUUCACCUGAGGAAAAAUAUGCUGCUGAAGGUCUUGGAUCCCAUCGUCAGGGUACAUUAAGUCAAAAAUUUAAUCCUGAUGAAGAAAGUAUGAAAGGAAAUACCAAUAUCCAGGAAACGAAAACUGGAACAUGUUCACUCUUCAUUCAGAGAAAACCAACUGAUUUAUCAGAUACCAACUUGAGCAGCCAUUCAGAAGACAUCUCAGCCUAUGAUUCUUAUGAUUCACAAAGCGAGGAACUUGAGAACUGUGAGACUGACAGUUACAAAACAUUCAGUGCAAGAUUAUGUGGAGAGAGAAAAGGACUUAGGUGCAGAUGUCCUAGAGGAAGCAGAGAUAAAUUUAAACUCAGGAAUUACAGAGAGUCUGUUCAGUCUUGUGCCCUACGUAGAAAUAAAAGUUCUGGUUCAACGUCUUAUUUACAGAAGAGAAUCUCCACUCAAAAGGCUCAAAAAAAUAAGCAGCCACUUGAAUUUGUAAACAGACUUUCUGAAAGGCAAAACUUUGAGGCUGCCAAAACCUGCUAUUCAAGCACCUAUGAUAAAAUUAUCCUUUCACGUCAAUACUUACCCAGCAAGAAGUCUGCCCAAAGCAAAUCUGCAAUCAACAUCAGAAGUGCCAGUGAUUCCAGUGCUGUAUUUUAUUUUUCCCAUCAGAUUUUAAGUUCCACUCUGGAUCAUGCCAUACAGACAGCAAACAGUCUGAAGAAAGCCACAGAACGAAUGGUACGAGCAGUUUCAGAAGAUCUGGCUAAAGUUAAAAGAAAACAGCUUUAAUUACCCAGUUUCAAAGGCUGUAUUGUUUUGCUAGUUGAUUCUGAAGUGUCACUAUUUCUGCAAGUAUAAAAUGAUAAAUACAGAGAUAAGAAAGCCAGCUAGCUGACUUUGCCAGCUGUUCUGUAACUAUCAGUACUAAACGAAAACAGAGCAUAUUGGUAUUCCACAUAUUUACACUCAGUCUCAGAACUAGAAAACAAAUUACUAAUUCUCCUGAAAGUCUUUAGAAUGUUGGCUAACCCCUGUUACUGUAUACACUUACCUUCUCUAAGUAUUCACUUAAGACAGCUUAAUAAAAAAAAAAAAUCUGCUUAAACAAGCAAGGAUAGCUUUUUGACUUUUUAUUUCUCCCCACCCCCAAAUAGGAGAAUAAAUCUCAGUUAUUACUACAUAUGCUUUCUUCCCACACCUUAACAGCAGCUGCUUAAGCACACCAACAAAAGGAAGCAGCCUCUGCACCCGAGACAUCUAUAAGCAUCAUGGUAACAUACCAAGUCAUAGUUAACAUAUGUAAACGUUUUGUUUCUAGAGUGCCCUACAUUGAGAGUUGUUUGUUUUUGAGACACUUCCUUGCAUGUCUCACUAACUGAGUAAUACCAUUUGUUGACUAUGUAUUCCUUACAA